AUGGCAGGUGCAGAAUCUGAUGCUCAACUCCAGUUCACUGGUAUUAAGAAAUAUUUCAGCUCUUACAAUCUCACAGGUAGAAGGAACUGUGUACCGGCCACAAAUGGAAGCAUUGUUUUGAUGGUCUCAUACUGCAAGUUAAAGCCUAAAAAAGCUGUUAAAGCAACAUAA